AACAGUCCUUUCUAGCCACGAUCUGAUGUGGUCCGGUGAGCGGAGAGCAAACUGAAGGUGUCUGGACCCAUCUGAACCCUUCUUUCCCACUGUCAGCCUGCAGCGAGUGCUGACUGUGCUGGGAUGUUGUGACUUCUCCAGCAUUCCCCAAGCUUCUGGAAAGCAGGGUGCCCUUUAUCAUCUUCACAUGGUCUCUGUGUCCCACAGUUUCCACUUUCUGCAGGGAACAUGCCUCUGCUCCUCCUGAUGUUCUGCAGAAAUGCUCAUUUCCAAGAUGGAGGGAGAAGAGAUGGAGACUCUGGCCAAUGAAGAGGAGGAGAGGAGCAAAAGAGCUGAUUUCGCUCUGGACCCGAACACCGCCAACCCCUUCCUCCUCCUGGCUGACGAUGGGGGAGAUGUGAGACGUGGGGAUGUGUGGGCAUCGCUGCCCGAUGGCCCCGAGCGCUUCGGCACGGAGCCGUGCGUGCUGGGUGACCGCGGCUUCUCCUCGGGGCAGCACUGCUGGGAGGUGGAGGUGGCCGAUGGUGGAGACUGGUGGGCGGUGGGGGUGGCCCAGCACUCUGUCAGGAGGAAGGGGGUCCUCAGUUUUACCCCCCAGGAGGGGAUCUGGGCCGUGGGGCAGUGGUUCGGGCAGUACUACGCUUUCACCUGCCCUGACUGGACAGCCCUGCGCCUUGCCCAGCUGCCCAGGGCCAUCCGGGUCUCCUUGGACUUUGGGGGUGGGCGGGUGGUAUUUGCUGAUGCUGAAAGCAAAGACCAGAUCUUUGCCUUCUGCCUGGCUUCACGUCCCGAGGAGAUGCUAUACCCGUGGCUUUGGGUGGGAAAGGACUCGUGGCUGAAGCUGUGCCUCUGAUGUGAAGGGAGCACAGAGGGCAGGGGCAAAACUGGAAAGAAGGAAACCAUCAGCCUGGCUCUCAGCGCGGAGCACUGGGAGAGCUGCACAUCCUUGCUGGUUGGUCAUUCCUCACGUGGUCCCUCUGGCCACCAAGCAGAAGGUUGGUGAUGGAUGGGGAACUGGAAGGUCUUGGGGAUGGAUGCAACACAGGAGCUUCUCCAUCCCCCUCUGCCCCACAGCAGGGGGGCACCGAGGAGAUCAUUGCAAGGAGACCCCGGGACUGAGAGGUGGGACUGCGCAUUGGCUCUGUGCGUGGCCAUGAGAAAUACAGCAGAUCCAAAGGCCUUGAAAGCUGCUGAGCGCCAUGUCUGGCUUUUUCCAGAAAAGCUCAAUGAUGAAAUAAAAAAUAUAAAAACAAAGCUGGGUGCUGGAGCUCAUGAUAACACUUAUCUUCUCCAUACAUCUGAACUCUCUCUGCCUUAUUUCCAGCUCUCACUGACAUGUGCAUUGGGUGUGUGUGUCUUCCUCCACACUUCUUGCAGCACAGCACUGGGAAAAGCUAUAGGGAUGGGCAGGGAAGGUGAGGCAGAAACUGAGGUGUCCAAAGUCCAUAGGUCAGAUCACUCCCGUGGACUUAGAUCUCCAUCCUCCCUCCGUCUUGGUUUCCUUUUCCUCCUUCAGCACAGUCUUUUAGCUGUUCAAAAACACACUGAAACAACCCAAUUCAGCCUCUCCCAGGAAUACACCUGGAGCAAUUUGCUCAGGGAAAUUCUACCACUAGAAGCUGGUCUGUUAUAGUUCCUUUACCAGAAGCAGUCAAGGCAGAGAUGCAUCAGGAAGUUGAACUUUCUUCAUGGUUUGCCAGGAAUUUGCUGUUGGGAUCCAAGAAAACCAGUUAAUAUCAGGAGAGGAUUGCUGAAGAUGCACGCACACCCUGCCCCGCUGCAGCAGCUGGUUUGUUUCUCUCCCUUCUUUGCUGUCAGGAAAUAAAGGGCGUGAGCAGUGCAUCCCUGAUAUGUGAGCAUCCCUGAUAUGUGAGCAUCCCUGAUAUGUGAGCAGUCUGCCUUUUUUGCUGGGCAGAGAUCUUUGCAAUCCCAAAUCAACAUCACGAUAAAAGGGAGAAAGAAGCACAUCACCACGUCACCAGCAUCCCAGAGCGGAGAUAAACAGAAGUCUGUUUUUGUGAGAUCCUAGGCAACAAAGCUCUCACGCACACCAGCAAUUUUGGCACUGUAAAACGAGGGGGGAAGUUUCUCGUUUAUGUCUGUUGUUUAGAAUAAUACAGAAUAAUAAACCGAGUGUUUGAAAGAGGCC